ACUGGCUAUAAAAAUUGGGAGGCCCGCAGACUUGACCCUGCGCGUCCCUAACCGUUGCUAAUUCGGGGCGGCCCCGCGCACCAGCCUGCGCUCCGCGGGCCCGGCCACCUGUUCUGGGCAGCCAAUGGGCGCGCGGGGGGGCGACCCAGGCGGGGCGAGGCUACAAAAGGCGCGUGCCGCGCACCCAAACACCCCGCUGCGGGCGCACUCUUGGGAGGUCGGACAGACGCGGCCCAGCGCCAGGACCAUUCGGCUCGGGGACCAGCCGGGCGCGGAGCGAUGCUGCGGGUGCGGUGUCUGCGCGGUGGGAGCCGCGGCGCCGAGGCAGUGCACUACAUCGGGUCUCGGCUUGGAAGAACCUUAACAGGAUGGGUGCAGCGAACUUUCCAGAGCACCCAGGCAGCUACAGCUUCGUCCCGGAGUUCCUGUGCAGCUGAUGACAAGGCCACAGAUCCUCUGCCCAAGGACUGCCCUGUCUCCUCAUACAACGAAUGGGACCCCUUAGAGGAAGUGAUAGUGGGCAGAGCAGAAAACGCCUGCGUUCCACCGUUCACCGUGGAGGUGAAGGCCAACACAUAUGAAAAAUACUGGCCAUUUUACCAGAAGCAUGGAGGCCAUUCUUUUCCCAAAGAUCAUUUGAAAAAGGCUGUUGCUGAAAUCGAAGAAAUGUGCAAUAUUUUAAAAAUGGAAGGAGUGACAGUGAGGCGGCCUGACACUAUUGACUGGUCGUUAAAGUAUAAAACUCCUGAUUUUGAGUCUACGGGUUUAUAUGGUGCGAUGCCUCGAGACAUCCUGAUAGUUGUGGGGAACGAGAUUAUCGAGGCUCCCAUGGCGUGGCGCGCUCGCUUCUUUGAGUACCGCGCAUACCGAUCAAUUAUCAAAGACUACUUCCACCGUGGUGCCAAGUGGACAACAGCUCCUAAGCCCACAAUGGCUGAUGAACUUUAUGACCAGGAUUACCCCAUUUAUUCUGUAGAAGACAGACACAAAUUGGCUGCUCAGGGAAAAUUUGUGACAACUGAGUUCGAGCCAUGCUUUGAUGCUGCUGACUUCAUUCGAGCUGGAAGAGAUAUUUUUGCACAGAGAAGCCAGGUUACAAACCACCUGGGCAUUGAAUGGAUGCGUAGGCAUCUUGCUCCAGACUACAGAGUACAUAUCAUCUCCUUUAAAGACCCCAAUCCAAUGCAUAUCGAUGCUACCUUCAAUAUCAUUGGACCUGGUCUUGUGCUUUCCAACCCUGACCGACCAUGUCACCAGAUUGAUCUUUUCAAGAAAGCCGGAUGGACCAUAGUUACUCCUCCAAAACCAGUCAUCCCAGAUGAUCACCCACUCUGGAUGUCAUCCAAAUGGCUUUCCAUGAAUGUCUUAAUGCUAGAUGAAAAGCGUGUUAUGGUGGAUGCCAAUGAAGUCCCGAUUCAAAAGAUGUUUGAAAAGCUGGGUAUCAGUACCAUUAAGGUUAACAUCCGUAACGCCAAUUCUCUGGGAGGAGGCUUCCACUGCUGGACCUGCGAUGUCCGUCGCCGAGGCACCCUACAGUCCUACUUUGACUGACCACCUACGAUGGAGCUUGUGGCUUGGCCCAAAUAAACCUAGGAAGCGUAGGGACAAGGUUCAUUCACCUGCUUUAAAAAGUGCAUGAACUGUAGGGCUUUAAAGAAUCAUAUCCUUAACAGGGGUCUUACGCCUGGUUUAUUUUUAUUCCUUUGAUAUAAGGGAAAUAACUUGUGGUAGGUCUCACUCUCUACUCCUGAAUUUAUUUGCUAUUUGGCUUCAAGCAUAAAAACUUGGUGAAUGCGCACCAAGACAAAAAUUAAUCGUUUGGGUAAGUUGACCGCUAAUAUUUAACCAUCUACCUCUGUUUUUUAAUUUUCUUCCCAAAAGGCAGCUUGAACUAUUGGUCCUAAUCUUCAUUUUUUUUUUCCUUUUUUUUACUUUUUCGCUAGUCUUGAAAUGUUUGUAUCACUCCUUUUUUUCUGAAUGAGAGAAAGACUUGGGAUGUAUACAGAUCUUAAGUAGAACUAGAUAAUUGUCUCUUUUUCUAAUAAGUAAUUUUGGUAAUUUUUAAUUUUUGUUUUUAAAAGAAUAACCUAGAUUAUACAAAUAUUUAAGUGAAUUUUCCAUAAAUUUUUUUAAUAUUCUCAUAUCAAUACUGGUGGUAUUUGCUACUAAAACAUCUCUUCAUUCAACUUACCUCAUUUCAAGUGAUUUAUUUUAAUCUUUUUCUUCUCUGGCUAAAAUUUUACAGAAAUAGUGCAAUAGGAUAUAACUAUCAGUUUCCAUCUCUAAAUUAUGAUGUUUGGUAUCUAGUGGAUACAUUGCAUCCAUUGGUAAUCUAAGACUUGUUUACAGAUAUGCAAAUUAUUUAAAGUGCAAACUUUAAAAGCAUUAAAAAAACUAAUGGAGGUAAAACCUACAUGCGAUGUGAAAUAAUUUUAAUGUUGAAUACUGUACAUGUAUUUUUAUUCUAAUAAACUUGUGUUAUGGAAUGGA